AUAUCAGGCAUCACAAUUCACAAACUAACUCGUAGCGAUCGAUCUCUAUUUUGUUGGAGUUUUUGCUGCUUCCACUCAAAUUGUUCAGAGACGUUUCGAUCGAUCAAGAUCAACUUGAUCGGGAUCGCGGCAGCUCGAUCAGCUAACUAGAGAACGUCUUGGACUCUUGGAUUUCUCCGCGCUCUCGCAGUAUUCUAGGAGACAUUUCUUGAUCGAUAUCACUAGCUAUAUAUCGGUCGUUUGAUCAUGUCGUCCACCGGGCUUUCCCGCGGCCGCCGGUGCACCAUCGCGUCGCGGCUAAACGCGUCGGCUGAGGCGGCGGUUGCGGCCACCAGCAGCAGCAGGGGGGAGAAGCAGAAGGCGGCGGUGGCGAGACGGGUGGAGUACUACGACGAGGAGGAUGCGCGGGGGGAGGCGCGCUACGACGUUUUCAUCAACCACAGGGGCGUGGACACCAAGAGGACGGUGGCGCGGCUUUUCUACGACCGCCUCGUCGCCGCGGGCGUCCGCGCCUUCCUGGACAACCAGUCAAUGCGCCCCGGCGAUCGCCUCGACGAGCGGAUCAGCGAGGCCAUCAGCCAGUGCGGCGUCGCGGUGGCCAUCUUCUCGCCGCACUACUGCGACUCCGAGUAUUGCCUCCGCGAGCUCGCCCUCCUCGUCGAGUCACGGAAAAAGAUCAUCCCGGUGUUUUACAACAUCAAACCCUCGGAUCUCGUCCUCCCGCAGGCCGUCGUCGAGUCCGUCGCUCACCAUCCCCGCGACAUUGAACGCUUCAAAUUCGCGCUACGCGAGGUCAAGAACACAGUCGGCCUCACCUACGACACAGCCACAGGAGAUCUUGCAGAGCUCGUAACAUCGGCGGCUACCGCAGUUUUGGAGAACAUAGACAAGCAUGAGGUCACGCAAGGAAGACAUAUGAUCAUGUCCAGGCUGUAAUUUGAAUGGUUCAUCGCGGCUUCACCAUGUACAAUUCAGAGGACGAGACUAAGAAAAACCGGGGGCAAUUUAACAAAUAACAUUUAACUUGGGAUGGAUUCAUUCAUUUUUUUUCUAGUUAGUUAUUUUUUGGGUAAAUAAAUUAAUCUGCAGGAUUGAAUUGGUACUAUACGUAAAAAUAAGCAAUGCAUGCAGCACUGAGUGACUAGCUAGCUAGGCAGUCCAUGCCGAUAUGUGCAUGAGAAUAGGGUUUUGCAAAUAAUUAUGUGCAUAUGUGUAUAUGUAUUUACAUGAUUACACCAAUAAAUUAAAAAUACAGUGCUUUUUUAACAGUCUGCCACUCUUUGCAUGGCAGGACUGGAUUCAAACUUCUGU